AUGCAGCAGGAACAGCUAGAUGCGCUGCUGGCAAAGCUUCGCGAAUCUCAUCUCUCGACCGACAAUCGACGCACAGCUCUCGACUCUCUUCGCAAUGCUCUCGAUUCCUUGCUGCCUCAACCACUUCUAUACAUUAUCAAUACAGCCAUACAGGAGGGUCCAAACGAUGUACGCCGCAUUGCGUUCCAGACUCUCUCGUCGCGUCUCGAAACCGACCUGUUUGAGAAUGCUACAGUUGAAUCCAGUCAAAGGGCUGUCAACGAGCUCAUUCAACAUACCGAAGCGUUUCUGAGAUCGACGGUCAAGGUUCAGCCAAAUCUUGAGUCUAUCACCGUAGCAACCUGCACGCCGAUCGAUGUUUCGAAGCUGUCGAUCUCCGCAUUACGAGCUAUCGCUGCUGCACUCAAGACGCUGCACGUCCUCAUCCGCGUCGCAUCUCGGAGAGCGAAGAUCGCCAAUUCCACUUCGCAAGUCAGCCGCGCACCCCAUCUGAUCAGCUUUUUUGAUGUGAUAUGGCCCUGCUUGUCAGUCGGAGUGAAACCAAUCCGACCCAUAGCGGGCGCUAUCCCUCGCUCCAGCUCAGGCUUGCAGAAUGGUGCCUUUUCGUGGAACGGUCAGCCGAACCGAACACGUAAUUUCACUUCCGGCAGUGACGCAACGCCUUCGGAGAGAACAUCAUCUCUCGGCCUGCGUAGCGGAGACUCGUCCGCCGGCGAGACUGAUCGUAGGAGCGACAAAAGCGAGAGCGAAAAAAGUGACUUUUCCACAACCUCGAGUGCCACCGCCUCGUCGAGAUCGCGUAAAGACGGCUCACGUCAGCACGAGUCCACCUGCAAACUCAUCCGUCAGAAUAGCCUGUACUGUCUCACCGAGCUCAACCAACUUGAGUCUCGAGCGCUCAUCUCACGCUGGAGCGAUCUGUUACCAGACCAACCUGCCCCUGUGGAAGCUUCCUCGAAGCAGCUAUCUGCAUUGCCACGCUUCUCAGCAUCUUCGACAUCGGCAGCUCCCUUCUCGCUCUGUACACUCAUCACACAGGAUGCAUCCACUUCAGUACGCGUUGCAGCUAUGGCGGCGCUCGAAUCAAUUCUCACUCAGGGAACAUUGCAAUUAUGCAUGGCUCAAGAACGAGCUCACCGUGCUCUCUCGUUUACAUCGCUGUCGUCGCAGUUGGCGGGUUGGAUCGUCAGUAUUCGAUCAUAUUUGGUGAUCGCACUGCAGCGUGCGGCGACUGCACCGCGCGCAUCCGCAAGAAUGGAAGGGGUUGCAGAGGUGGUCGGAUACCCGUCAUCGUUGACGGCGGCACUGCUGCAGUUGACCCGCACGUUUGUGAUGAGUACGGCAAAGGCAAAGCUUGUCACGGCCAAUGCGGUUGUCUUGACGCCAGCAGUGGUGCCGUUCGCUUCGCAUAGCGACCCACAGGUUCAGAGUAUAGCGAAGAAGCUGAUAACGACAAUGACGACGCCAGCUCCAGACACCUCAACCCGGGAAGGACGGACGCGUAAAGGCAUGGACGCAAUUUCGCUUAGAGCUCAACAGGCUGGCUCACCUCCAAGUGUGGCUGCAUCAGAUGGAUCUCGCCUGGAUCUGUCCAGUCUGGUCGACCAAGGUGCUGUGACGACCAUCGAAGCUUGCGACCGCGUGUUAUCUGGUUUCGAAGCCGUUGAUGACCCAGUGCGCCAGCUGUCGGUUUGGACUCUGUUUGUCAAAAGUCUUGUGGAAGCCCCUACACGCUUGCUCAGCCCAGACACAUCGGCACGCGUUUUUGCGGCAUGGCAUCGCCUGUGCGCACGGUCAGACUUGACGCAGGAUCAAAAAUGCGCUCUCGUUUCAAGCGUUCCCGAUCUGCACGCGGCGCUUUUGCGCCACUCAGCUUUGGACGUGUCCAUAUCUACUUUGAUCUUGCAGUAUGUAGAGCGCUGUUGCACCGUUUCUGACGAGUGUGUCCGCGCUGCAGCCAUACGCGUUCUCGGGCUACUGGUGCUGCCAGCUGAUCAUGCGGUCGACCACGGUAGCCAGCAUCAUGAAGCGAUCUACAAGACGUUGGACGAUAUGCUUUGGGGCCGAGGCGAUGCGACUCGCAAGAUCGCCUUACACGACAGCUCGACCCUGGUACGCCAACGAGCAUCGUGGGCAUUUUCGAAUUUGGUCGAAGCACAGUAUCGCUCUGACGAGCAUCUUGACGAACGCGAAUGGAUCGCACACGCUCGAUACUGCCUGGACGCGAGUAAAGAUAUCGAAGGUGUAGCUGUGUCGGCAUACCGUGCGUCUGGAAUGCUUUUAGCGUUGCUACAGGCCGAGCAAUCAGCGAAGCGAGUGUGCUGCUUACUGGGCAGAUCGCUGCUGGAAGAGCUGUGCCGCGUGUUGGGUGCGACGUCCAAGCCGCCGAAAUCGAGAUGGAAUGCAGCUUCGGCGCUGGAGCGAGCGCUCGGAUCGGAUGUCGUGCUGGCGAGUCUCGUCGAUGAUGGCUUGCUGGAUCAGGUCGUGGAUCGGCUCUGCUCAGUACUGGAUGCCAAGGUGUUUAAGGUCAGGCUAAGUGCGGCCAAUGCUCUUGUUUCGCUCUGCAAAGUGCGAGCGCCGGACGCAUCUGCUGAGGUCGAGCGCGUGCUGGGCGCGCAGCGACUCGCGAGGAUCCACAGAAUUGCCCAAGCCCGACUGGCCGAGCUCAACGAGCCGACCAGGUCGAAAGAAUCCAUGUUGUACUUGGACGAGCUCAAGUGUCUCCUAGCCGAGCUUGUAGCAUGGAACCGAACCGCAACUUGUUCCUGA